UUUUCAGAUGUACCUAGCAAAAAUCAACAGCCUGUACCUCAUAAUAGCUCUGCUGAUGAUGCUAAACUGUAUCGAAGCUCGUCCGCGAGGAGGUUGCGGGGGCGGAGGUGGCAUCGCUUCGAUGUUGCGAUACAUAAAGCUUCUCUUGAUCCAGCACCAAUGUGCAAGGUCAAUUCACGCCCGUAGCUGGGUUCAUGCGCAAGCAAUAUUCCAUCAACCCGGAAAACAACACAAAAUAUAUUUUUACAGAGCAUGCUUGCAACAGUCAGAAUGUUCACCUCCAUAA